AGAUUUAAAAGGAACACAAGGACGCGUUUUUAUAUAUAUCCAAUUAAAUUCUCUAUGGACAGUGCUGUGGGAGUUGAAUUGAUCUGCUACGGCGUUGACCGUUGAGUCUAAUAAUGCAAACCGGGCGGUCGAGCCUAUCGAACCGACGCGGCAACGAUUUCGAUGGCUCUCCGCGCGAUUCUCCCGGCCGUAACAGCCGACUCCGCCUCCGACUCGACCGUUCCUCCUCUUACUCCUCCUCUCCGCCGCCCAAAAUUUUCAAGUUUCAAAUCUCUCCGUUAAUCCCGAUCCUCCCCUCCGACAGUAACAGCUCUCUCCCACUAAAUUCUCGUCGCGCAUUUAAUUCUUUCCCAAACCAAAUCAAAACCCACUCCAGAAGCACCAGCCGUCCCUUCCAUAACAGCAAACAACGGCAAUCCUGCUGCGGAACUGCUCCGCCUCAUAAUAGAACGCCGGCAGGCUUCCCGGUUCUUAUUAUUAUAGGUUGAUCAGCGCUUACAAUCGGCAUAUUCCUUCACCGUCUCCUUUGGUCUCAUUUGAAUCCUAAAGUAGUGUAGCCAUUACGCUCUCAUCAUGGCCUCCUCCGUGGCUCCGAUGCCGAUCUCCGGUAAGUGGCUCGAACCAGUCCGAGCCUCCGACUCCGCCGCCCAUAGCCGCUGCUCCUUCAACUCUUCUUACCUCGGCAAGAUCGUCGCCCCUCAGCGGGAAACCACAGAUGUGCAUUCCUCCUCCUCCUCCUCCUCCGACCGGUCUGAGGAGGACGGCGGGUCGCCGGGGAUUCUAGAACGGUGGGCGUCGUUGCAGGUGCGAGAGCUGGCCAGGACCCUCGACCGGCAGGCUCGCGAGGCUGAAAUCUUAGCAUUGGCCACCGCCGCUCCGCCUGUCUCCGCCCGCGCCCUAUCCUUUCUCCGCGAGGCUUCUGAUUCCUCUUCGCCCGGCACUGCUGCAGUCGCUGCUGUCGACCUUCCUAGAAGCGUCCGGGCGUCGUCGCUGAUACAGAUGUGGAGGGAUUUGGAGACCGACGCAGGGUUCAGUCCCAAGAACAGACCGGAGAACAGCAGCUACAACGCCGAUAAUGCCACACCCGCUGCUACUUCCUCGUCAUCGGAUGAACUUUCCAGCGAUUACUCCGGGGACUCGGAUUCUGACAUCGCAGCCACGAAUUGUUCUCUAUUGAGGGAGAAGAAUGGUCGGGUGGAGAACAUCGUGAGGAUGAUGAGUUCCGGAAACAGGACACGCACCGCCGCCUCGUCAUUGAAUUCCAAGAACAAGCAAUCCCCCCGAAAAAAACCGGAGGCGAUGGCAGAUAAGACAUCAAGUGAUCUGCGAUCCAUUGAAGAUUUUGUUGCAAGAAUGGAGCAGGAAAGGCGGAGCGAGCUUGUAGCAUUGAAUGAGCAUCGUUGCGUCUCUCAGUUCCAGCAUCAGCCAAUAUAUGGUCUCACGAAACAUUCAACGCCAAAGGAGUCUGAUGAAUUGCAUAGACGAACAGCAAUCAUGCAUCCCAGGAGGAAGCAACUAGAUGCUGAAGAUUUUACUAGUCAGUUUACUGCUAAGAGAUAUGAUUCAGAAAGUUAUCGUCACACAAACUCAUCGUGGGAUGAAAGAAAUUUGUGGAUGAGUAACCUUGAUUUGCAAAGUAUGGCAGAUUUGUUACCUUCAUAUGGUUGGGGCAGUGAGGUGAUUACCGAGGAAGGAGAAUCAUACUUGCAGCAACAUGUUAGUAGAUGGAUGCAUCAGCCCUCCAGUUCAUGGAGACAAUUAGCAGUCAGAAGGCAACCAAUGUGCGUUGGAUUCUUUCAGAAAUUUGCUGAUAAUGUUGAGAUUAUGGAGCUUUAUGAAAGGAGAAGAGUCUCGACUUCCCUUGAUAGCGAUUUCUGCAACAAGUUAAACACAAUGGUCUUAUCAUUGUUAGACAGACAAAGGACAUGCUGUUUCGAUGAAGACCUAACUGUCAAUGACGAAGACCAUCCAUUCUGGCAACAAAAGGAUGGGUAUUUCAAUAGUUCUAAGCAUGUUGUUGAUAUCCCAUCAUCAUGCUUAACUCCGCAAAACCAUACCAUGUGCCACUCAGAGCAUCAGAAACAUGCUUCAUCCCCUCACCAAUCAUCUAAAAAUGAUGUAGAAUUCAUGGAUGAAUUGAGAAGCGGCAUGACUCAGAUACACGAAGAACUUCAUGAACUUCGCAAGUUAGUCAAGAGUUGCAUGGAGAAGCAAGUUGAAUUACGUGAUUCUAUCAAACAAGAUAUUUUAGAUGUGAUUAGGCAAUCAAUUCUAAUAUAGGUCCAGCUGAGAGUAUCUUGAAUGGUUCAUCCGCAACGAUAUGAAUAAGAUGCAGAUGUUGUACCUGCUUCGAUACACAAUCCCACUCAUUGUUAUAUAGGUGUGAGCAUGUGUGCCUGAGUUAAAGUGUGCUGCCGAGCUACAACGAGCAGUAGAAGAUACCUAGCUCAGCCCAGAUUGAUGGAGUAAUAGCUUGGAGAUAUAUAAGAAGAGACUACAAACAUUUCGUAGUGGAAGUGAUUUGUUCCAUUUCUUAGAAUAGCAAACCCUUAUUAGAGAGACUCCAUCAAAUAGCAUUAGUAUUUAGAUUAGACAUCUAGUUGAGACUGUAUAUAAUGAGAAAGUAUACUGAAAUUGUACGAAGGAAUAUUUAUUUCAGAGUCUAUUUAUUAAAAAUUGACGUUUUAAUUACGUCC